AUGGAUGUCCAUAAUGCGUUUCUCCAUGGUGACCUUGACGAAGAAGUCUACAUGAAGCUCCCACAAGGUUUUGCUUGUUCCGACAAAUCAAAGAAGUACGCCGACUACUCUCUGUUCUCAUACUCUAAAGGGGCUGUGUGCUUGCACAUCCUCAUUUAUGUUGAUGAUUUCAUCAUUACCUGCAAUGAUCAGUCUACAAUGCAUAGUUUCAAGGUCUACCUCAAUCAGUGUUUUCACAUGAAGGAUCUUGGCCGAUUGAAGUAUUUUCUUGGCAUCGAAGUUGCUCGUAACACCUCCGGCUUCUUUGUAUGUCAAAGAAAAUAUGCGUUAGAUAUCAUUGCUGAGACAGGUCUUCUUGCUGUGAAGCCGGCGUCCACACCAAUUGAGCUUAAUCAAAAGCUGGCUACUGCAACCGGACCGCUCGCUAAUGUCAAGCAAUAUCGUCGUCUGGUCGGCCGUCUCAUCUAUCUUGUCAACACACGUCCGGAGCUGAGUUAUACAGUUCAUAUCCUCACUCAGUUCAUGCAGAAUCCGUUGCAACCACAUCUUGAUGCAGCAUUACGUGUUGUUUGCUAUCUUAAAGGCUGUCCGGGACAGGGAGUUUUCUUAAACUCCACCGAUGAUAUCGCCAUCACUGCCUUAUGUGACUUUGACUGGGCAGCCUGUCCCCUCACACGUCUUUCCCUUAGUGCUUACUUUGUCUUCCUUGGACGUUCCCCGGUGUCUUGGAAGACAAAGAAACAACAAACAGUGUCUCACUCCUCUGCUGAAGCCGAAUAUCGCUCCAUGGCUUUUACAUUGAAGGAACUCAACAAGUCGGCCAUCCACAUUGCAGCAAACCCAGUCUUUCAUGAGCGUACAAAGCAUAUUGAAAAUGACUGCCAUGCGGUACGAGAAGCAGUGGAAGACAAACUCAUUGCAACGGUGCAUGUGUCUACAAAAUCUCAGCUGGUGAAUAUACUUACCAAGGCGUUGCCAGCUCCUCAAUUUGAAGAACUCUUGUCCAAGUUGGGGAUUCGCAAUCCCUCAUCUCCAACUUGA